GCUACUCCUCUCAUUUCAAGUCAUUGCUGUGGAAGAGAGCCAGAGAUCAGUAAUAACUAAUACUUUUUCAUAGUGCAGUCCAAAUCAUCUCACCAUGUUUGUUUCAAUUGCACUGCUAUGCCUCUGCCUUUUAUUUCUUAUUCUUCAACUCAAAUCCAAGAGGCCGAAGAACUUCCCACCAGGCCCCCCAGUCCUUCCCCUGGUGGGGAACACUUUGCAGUUGAGUUUGGAGAACCCCUUAAAGGACUUUGAGAAGCUGAGGAAGUCUUAUGGAGAUAUCUACAGUAUUUUCAUCGGUCGUAAACCAGCUGUAGUUAUCAAUGGGCUGAAGGCCGUAAAGGAGGCGAUGGUGACUAAGGCUGCUGAUUUUGCUGGACGACCCCAAGACUUGUUUAUUAAUGAUAUCACCAACAGGAAAGGAGUAAUUUUGGUCGAUUACGGCUCUAGUUGGAGGGAACAUCGUCGCUUUUCUUUGAUGACUUUGAGGAACUUUGGUCUGGGGAAGAACUCGAUGGAGGACAGGAUUCAUGAAGAGAUAAAAUACAUCGUUAGAACCUUGGAAGACAGUGUUGGUAAAACCAUGAGUCCUCAAGUUAUGUUUCACAAUGCGGCCUCCAACAUCAUCUGCCAGGUCCUGUUUUCUACACGCUACGAGUAUGAUGAUGCGCUAAUCAAACAGAUUGUUCAGUGCUUCACUGAGAAUACCAAGAUGGCCAAUGGACCGUGGGCUAUGCUCUAUGACACUUUUCCCAUAAUUCGUAACCUGCCACUGCCCUUCCAAAAGGCCUUUCAGAAUAUGGAGACUUCAAAGAAAAUUGCAAUUGGUUUGAUCAAUGAGCACAAGAAGACCAGAGUUCCUGGAGAGCCACGAGAUUUUAUUGACUGCUAUCUGGAUGAACUGGAGAAGAGACGCGAUGAUGGGUCUUCAUUCUCAGAGGACUGGCUCAUUAUGAAUGCUUUAGAUCUUCACCUUGCUGGGACUGACACCACCUCCAACACCCUCCUCACUGCUUUCCUUUACCUUAUGAACUACCCACACAUCCAAGAAAGAUGUCAGCAGGAGAUAGACGACGUGUUGGGAGGGAAGUAUCAGGCCAGUUUUGAGGACAGACACAAGAUGCCUUACACACAGGCUGUGAUUCACGAGAUACAGAGAGUUGCCAACACUGUUCCUCUCAGUGUCUUCCACUGCACCACUAAAGACACAGAGCUGAUGGGUUAUUCCAUUCCCAAGGUAAGGGCCAACUGGUUAAAUAGGUAGAGGCAAUAAAGUGACGAGCAUCCUUAAUGGUU